CUACUCUGGAACAUGGCGGCGCGUUCGCUGUGGGCGGUGCAGCGGCUGCAGCGCCUCCUGGCCUCGGGGGCUGUGACAGAGAGCAGGGGAUGGCUACACCCAUUCAGCACUGCCACCCAAAGAACUGCUGGGGAAGACUGCAGUUCUGAGGACCCUCCUGAUGGACUGGGACCCUCCCUUGCUGAACAGGCCUUAAGGCUUAAAGCUGUUAAACUGGAAAAAGAAGUCCAGGAUUUAACACUGAGAUACCAGAGAGCUGUUGCUGAUUGUGAAAACAUAAGGAGAAGAACCCAGAGAUGUGUGGAAGACGCGAAGAUAUUUGGAAUCCAGAGCUUCUGUAAGGACCUGGUGGAGGUGGCAGACAUUUUGGAGAAGACUGCCAAGUGCUUUUCCGAAGGAGCUGACCCUGAGGACCACAAGCUUACUCUGGAAAAAGUCUUCCAAGGGCUGUCCCUGCUGGAAGCAAAGCUGAAAAGCGUGUUUACCAAGCAUGGCCUACAGAAAAUGACACCCAUCGGUGACAAAUACGACCCUCAUGAGCAUGAACUCAUCUGUCACAUGCCAGCCGGUGUUGGGGUGCAGCCCGGCACCGUGGCAUUAGUUCGGCAAGAUGGCUACAAACUUCAUGGCCGCACCAUUAGACUUGCGCAAGUGGAAGUGGCAGUGGAGUCUCAGAGAAGACUCUGAACAAGUCAUUGGACCAGAACCCUCUCCCAGAGUCAGGCACCUAUGUCUCCUUUAUUUAUUAAGCUGGUUUGUAUUAUACACGAGGUCCUUCGUGUGCUCCGUUUCGGAUUUAGUCACAUUGGCUAUAUCUCUACAGUGUCUUAUUGGGUUUAUGUGACCUGCCACUAGGCAUUUGAACAAUAUGACAAGUGUCAUGUGGCCUUUAUCAAAAUGUUUACAAAAAUCAUUUAAAUUGGUACUCUGAUGAUUGAAUCCAAACUCUUCUCGCCUGUGUUUUCAUCUAACUGCUGGAAUUAGUGCUGCGCCUUGUAUCUUGUAUUUUGGGGAGAGGGAAAUGGUAGGGAUUGGUUUGAUGUUUAGGUACAUAGAUAACGAUGCCUUACCUUUGUAUAAGUUUAGGUCAUUUGGGCUGGCCAGUAGAGAGAUUUCCUAAGACUCCUUUUUUAUUUCACUUUUUCCAGUCAUAUCUCAUGCUUGUAGUCCUUGCCAGGGUCACACUCACACCCAUACCCCUUUCUGAUCCCUUUUAGAAGGGCUAAAGGGUCAGGCCAGUCUUCCUUUCUUGUUGGUAAGGUGAAUAUAUUUAUUAUUAAACUGGUCUCAAGUCUAAGAACAGGCAAGCCCUGGUUGCCUUGACAAUACAACCCAAUCCCAGGGAGCCCAAAAGCCUCCAUACAUCUCAAGUUGGAGAAAUAGACUUUGGGGACCAGGCAUGAUGGCUGUCAAGUCAAAAAUAAAAACAAAAUACUAAGGUG